GAUAUAUGGAGGCCUGAGAUGAAGUGAAGCUUUUGUGACCAUGAGGACAACGCAGAGACGACAAGUGUGCAUCCUUCUACCGGACAAGCAGCACCUGGACUGUACUGUCGGGGUGAGAGCCAGAGGCCAUGAGGUGCUGAACAGUGUGCUGAAGCAGGUCGGCGUCAGUGACCUCCAGGUCUUCGGUCUGGCUGUUCUCAGAGAUAAUGAAUACCUCUUUCUUAAUUUGGAGCAAAAGCUGAGCAAGUACUUUGGCAAAAGAUGGAAUAGAAGAUCCGUAACGAUCCCAUUCAUCUUAUUUCUGAGAGUGCAGUAUUAUGUAGAGAGUGGGCGGCUGUUGUUGAGCAGCAAAGUGCAGCAGCUCUAUUACACUGAGCUGAGGCAGAAGGUGCUGCAGUCACAGAGUCGCCAUCAGGAAGCUUUGUUCUUCCAGCUGGCAGCUUCUGCGCUUCAAGCUGAAGUCGGAAAUCUGGAGAAACACAGACAUUACUUUCUUCCAGAAGAUUACUUCCCCUCUUGGCUGAUAAAGCGCCGUGGGCGGGACUUCCUGCUCCAGCACUGCCCUGUGUUACAUGACGAGCUGAGAGGUUUGUCACGCAGCCAAGCUGUCCUGCAGUUUAUAAAGGAAGCCAGCAGCCUGCGGGAUGGAUCAGUCACCUUGUACAGGAUGAGGCGGGUCAGUCACACACAAUUAACCAAUGAAAACCUCCAGGAAGUCGAGAAGAAAGAGGUGAGAAGUUCUAUCCUUUUCGGUGUGGCGUUGAAAGGAGUCCAUAUUUAUCAGGAGGUGGAAGGGAAACGGUGUCUAUUGUAUGACUUUUCCUGGAGGGAUAUUGACCGCCUCACUUUCCAGGGCAGCCGGUUUGAAAUCUCUGCAGUGGGAUCUCUGUGCCUCCCGAAGCUGGUGUAUUACGCUCCUUCAGCCUUCCACUCCAAACACGUCCUGAGACACCUCAGUGACAGUCAUCAGCUCCACAUUAACACCAGAGGUGCAGUCAGCUACCUCCAACAGCUGGAAGACAUGGAGGCCAGCCAGUUCUACAAAGAGGCCUACAUCUGUGACAUAGCAGGGCUAACAUGCAGACUGCAGAGGCCCACAUCCCCCAUGUCUGACUGCAGCGUUGCAAUUGAAACAACCACAGCCUGGUCCAAAGAAGAGAAGGGGGAUGAGGAUGAAGAAAUCUCAUUCGCAGGUCAGCUGAAGCACAAAAAAUGCCAUUCUGUACUUCCCAUUCAUUCCCAUACAUUUUCUGUCACCGUGGAAGUGAAACAGGUUCUGAAGAGGAGAGCUGAUGAAGGGGUUUCUGUGGACUAA